AUGCUGAUUAUUAACAUGUGCUUUGGGAUUAUAAUCCUCUUCCAGACUGGAGUUGGUAUCUUGACAAACUUCUUCCUUCUUUCUCUUUAUUCUUUCAGUGUCUUGACUGGCCACAAUAUGAGACCUAUAAACCUGAUUUUCAUCCAGCUAUUCUCGGUUAACAUCAUUAUGCUGCUUAGCAAAGGAACCCCAGAAAUCUCGAUAAAUUUAGGGACAGACAAUUUCCUGAAUAAUGUUUCAUGUAAACUUGUCUUUUACUUUCAUAGACUGGCCCAGGCACUUUCAACAUGCUUCACCUGCUACCUUUGUAUUUUCCAGGCCAUCAUCAUCUCUACCAGAUUCCCAUGGCUGGUACGAUUCAAAGCCAGGGCUCUGGACCAUAUAAUUUAUUCUUGUCUCCUCUGCUGGAUCUUCAAUAUACUUUUAGAAAUACCUAUAAUAUCUUAUCUGACAGGCCCAAGACACAUAAACAAUAUUACAUAUGAGUUUAAUUUUGGGUAUUGUUUUCUUGAAAGGGAUGGUGGUGCUUACUGGAUUAUUAUUACAGUCAGAAAUGUGUUCUGUAUGGUGUUCAUAGUCUGGGCCAGUGGCUACAUGGUGAAUAUGUUGUACAGACACCAAAAGAAAAUGCAGACCAUUCACAUCAGCAGCCUCUCAUCCAGGGCCUCCAUAGAGGUCAGAGUCACCAAAACUAUAUUGCUACUAGUGAGUACCUUUGUCUGCUUUUACUCACUAUCUUCUAUCUUUGGGAUUUUUAUCCGUUAUUUGUAUCAACAGCGUUUCUGGCUUUUGUCCACAGAUGGUAUUCUGUCUCUAUGUUUUCCAACCCUCAGCCCCUUUGUGUUGAUCCCGCAACGAUCCAGGAUUUGUACUCUCUUCUGGGUAGGGAAAAAUAUCCAUCCUCUAUCCAACCCAUCUGCCAUACACCAUCAAAGUAAUUUUCCUAAAUCAUAG